AUGGCCAUUGAUUAUUCUAAGUGGGAUAAAAUCGAAUUAUCAGAUGAUUCUGAUGUCGAAGUACAUCCUAAUGUGGACAAAAAAUCGUUCAUCAAAUGGAAACAACAGAGUAUCCAUGAGCAACGAUUCAAAAGGAAUCAAGAUAUUAACAACUUAGAGACUCAAGUUGACAUGUAUUCACAUUUAAACAAAAGAGUGGACAAAAUUUUGAGCACUUUACCUGAAAAAGAUUUUGUUGACUUAUCUGUCGUUACCAGAUUCCUGAAUGCAAAUUUUGAUAAAUUGGAGAAAAGUAAAGGUGAAAAUGUCGAUCCUGAGAUUGCUACCUACAAUGAAAUGGUUGAAGAUCUUUUUGAACAGUUGACCAAAGAUUUGGAGAAAGAGGGAAAAGAUUCCAAGAAUCCAUCUCUGUUAAAGGUUGCUAUUCUAAAGCAUAGGGCUAAGAUUGAUUCAGUUACUUUGGAAGCUAGAAAGAAAUUGGAUGAACUAUACAAAGAGAAAAACGCUCACAUUUCAUCUGACGAUAUUCAUACUGGAUUUGAUAGCAGUUUCAUGAACAAACAAAAGGGUGAGGCUAACCCAAUGGAAGAAACUUCUUCAGGGGCCCUUACAGGCGGUGCAGAUUCUGCCAUUCUCAAUAAAUUAGCUAAAUCGUCAACUCCACAAACUUUUAUUGAAUUUAAAGAUGAUCCUAUGAAAUUAGCUAAGGAAACUGAAGAAUUUGGUAAAAUCACCUUCAAUGAAUAUUCUAAAUCUCAGGAAUUUCUACUGGAACAUUUACCGAUCAUUUCGGAACAGCAAAAGGAUGCUUUGAUGAUGAAAGCCUUUGAGUAUCAGUUGCAUGGUGAUGAUAAAAUGACUUUGCAAGUUAUUCACCAAUCCGAGUUAAUGGCCUACAUUAAAGAGAUCUACGACCUGAAAAAAAUUCCAUUCUUGAAUCCAAUUGAACUAUCAAAUGUCAUUAAUAUGUUUUUUGAAAAGGUCAUUUUCAACAAGGACAAUUCAAUGGGUAAAGAGUCAUUUUUGAAGUCAGUUCAAGAGAAGUUCUUGCACGUUCAAAAGCGUUCAAAAAUCUUACAACAAGAGGAAAUGGAUGAAUCCAAUGCUGAGGGGGUAGAGACAAUUCAACUUAAGUCAUUAGAUGACUCUACAGAGUUAGAAGUAAAUUUGCCAGACUUUAAUUCUAAGGAUCCAGAGGAAGUGGAGAAAGUUAAGAUUUUCCAAACUUUAAUACCGGAAAAAAUGCAAGAAGCUAUAAUGACCAAAAACUUAGACAAUAUUAAUAAAGUGUUUGAAGAUAUACCAAUUGCAGAAGCUGAGAAAAUUUUGGAAGUGUUCAACGACAUUGACAUUAUCGGAAUCAAAGCCAUUUUAGAAAACGAAAAGGAUUUCCAAAGUUUGAAAGAUCAAUACGUGCAAGGCCACGAUGACGCCACUAUAGAGGGUUUAGCCUUAAGUGAUCAUGAUGAUGGCAGGGAAAAGCAGGAAGAGGACAAAAACACUGCCGAUACAGUUGAUUAG